UUAGAAUAGAAUCCUCCCAGUUUGAUAGCUUAUACUUUCGUUUUGCCGUGUUAUAGAAACAGAACGGGCUUCUAUUUCCACAGAAAUCUGCAUUAGUUUCUCAGAAGACAGAUCGUGGAAAUGACUAACUUCUUCAUUGUGGUCCCUGUGUGCGUUUUUUCACUUGGUGUUUUUGUGGAUGAUGUAAGCGGAGUGUCAGUGUUUGUGAUGGAGGGAGAUUCAGUCACUCUACACACUGAUGUUAAAACAAACCAACAUGAAAAGAUUAAAUGGUUUUUUAAUAACAUUCGCAUUGCUCAAAUCACUGGAGAUCUCCGAAAGACCUGCACAGAUGUUCAGUGUAAUGAAGAUACUGAGAGAUUCAGAGGCAGACUGAAGCUGGAUCAUCAGACUGGAUCUCUGACCAUCACGAACAUCACAAUCACAGACUCCGGAGAUUAUAAACUACAGAUCAUCAGCCACAGCAGCAAAAGUGAAAAGACCUUCAGUGUUGUCGUUCAUGGUGUUCCUGCUGCCGAACGAGAUGAAAUGCAGAGAAAGCCAUUGAAGGAGGGAGAAUCUGUCACUUUAGAUCCUGGUGACAUAAAAAACACAGAUGAUGUGAUAACAUGGUAUUUUAAUGACAUUGUCAUUGCUGAAAUCACUGGAGAUCCCAAUGGAACCUGUACAGAUGUUCAGUGUAAUGAAGGUACUGAGAGAUUCAGAGACAGACUGGAGCUGGAUCAUCAGACUAGAUCUCUGACCAUCAGAGACAUCAGAACCACAGACUCUGGACUUUAUAAACUUAAGAUCAGCAGCAGAAGCUUUAUCAUCCACCGGCACCGCAGCAUCAGUAUCAUCAGCGAAAAUAACUUCAGUGUUACUGAUCGGAGUGUGCUUUUAUUUGUCAUCAUAGGAAUAUGUGUUCCUGUUCUGCUGGUGCUUGCAGGUUUAAUUGGUAAGACUUUCUCUCUGUGUGUGUGUGUGUGUGUUUGCUUUUGUGUUUUCUUUGUGUUUGAUAUGGUUUCACUCAGUCAUCAUUAUAAAAACACCAAUAUAAUUGACUUUUUAAGAUAUUUAAGACAAUUUAAGAUUUCAUGCCCACUGGAUCCUCUUGUAAAGAGCAAGCACUGAAAACCCCUGAAGCCUUGUGACGUUUACCUGGAUUUAGCUAACCCUGGAAUGUAGGUUCACGGGGUAAGUUGAAAUGGUUACUAAUGCACCUUGAAACUAACCUGGUUUUUGGAACCAAAAUUUGAGGUUAACAGCUUGCUCUGAGUUUGCGUUCCCUGCUUCCACCAGCUAGACCAGCACCAAACCAGUUUGAGGCAGCAGGCAUUCAUGUUGCUGUAAAAUGGUCUUUGCAUCAUUUUUUAUUUAUUUUUUAUAAAAUGUAAGCCUGGGUGAAUCAAAGUUCACAUUUGUAAUUUAUAAGGGGGUAGCAAUACUCAAUUAUUAAAUAUUCCUGUGCUUUGUACAGUCACAAAAACUUCCACACACUGUAUUUCAUUUCAGUUUAAGGGAAAAAUCUAAAUAGUGGUGGAAAAUUAAUUAAAAAGACAAACAGUCAGGACUAUAUAAGCACAUUUGUUGUACAAGAAUGAGACGAGCCAAAAUUGAAAAAGGUUGCAUGCUGUGUUUGUCAAAUAAGUGAUGUUGACACUGCAAUGAUGCAAAUAAGAAAGUUAAUGUGGGUUUAUGAAUUUCAAAACCUGAUAACCAAGUAUUAUCUCCUAACCCAGUGAGGAUUCUGUCUUCAGUGUCUUAUCUCUUAUGUCUAGAAUUACCUGGGGUUAAUAUAUUAUUUAUAUGAAAAUCCCUAACGCAUUUCUGUAUUUGUUUUAUGCAACUAUCAGGAAAAACAAAAGUCUUGUGUUUUUGUGUUUGUGUAACUGAUACAUCAGUUCUGUUAAUUUUUAUUUACCUUCUGUGAAUCUGU